AUGCCAUCACUAAAAUGGGCAAGCAUGCCCACCACCCUCAAGAGUUAAAAAUUAACCCUAGUUAGGGGUUCCAACCACUUACAAAAAGGUUGGGUUAGGGUUAACAAAAUGCUUGAAAGGCAAGGAAAGAAAGCCCAAGCUGCCCUGCCCACCUUUUAUUUUUAAUAGUUUUUGCUUUAUGUUAUUUGAGUAGUUUUGACAAAAAGUCUAGUUUUGGGGAUUUUUUCGAUUUGGGCGAGAAAAGAGGGGCACAAAAUGAAAAAUUGGUGAUGCAAGGUCCGUCCAUGGUGUCAUCUCUGUGAUUCAAACUUUCAAAUGGGUUUUUUGACUAUUGACGCAGGUCCUUCAUUGAAGUAUGAGAAAACCCAGAAUCUGUGAAGUCAGAUAGCUGGUAAGUUUUGUUGAAUUCAGUGGUGGCAGUAUCAAGACUACACAGUGGAAACCACUAAGACUAAACUAGUAGACUAGUAAAUGGAGUGUAAUAAAGAUGAGGCCUCCAGGGCAAAAGAGAUCGCUGAGAAGAAAUUCACGGCAAAAGACAUUGCUGGGGCAAAGAAAUUUGCUUUGAAGGCACAAAAUUUAUAUCCUGGGCUGGACGGGCUUCCUCAAAUGUUAGCAACACUAGAUGUGUAUAUUUCUGCAGAGAACAAAAUAAAUGGGGAGGCAGAUUGGUAUGGGAUACUUGGUGUCAAUCCACACGCUGAUGAUGAUACAGUCAGGAAACAGUAUAGAAAGCUGGCUCUCAUGCUUCACCCUGAUAAAAACAAGUCUCUUGGUGCUGAUGGGGCUUUCAAGCUUAUAUCAGAGGCAUGGAGUUUGUUAUCUGAUAAGGCUAAGAGAAUAGCAUAUGACCAGAAGAGGAAAGUAAAAGGUUUCCAGCAGAAGGGUCCAGCCCCCAGUUGGGGUUCACCAGUGCCACCUGGGGCUAAUGGUGUCUAUAAUUUCACCAAAAAUACAUCUUCAAGUGUGAAAACUCAGAAGAGCACCUCUCGGGUGGCUCCCUCUUCUGCUCCUCCACCACCUACAACUUCAACCGCGAAGGCUCAAAAGAAUACCUCUCGGGUGGCUCCCUCUUCUAUUCCUCCUCCACUUCAGAAAUCAAAACCCAAUACAUUUUGGACUGUGUGCCAUCGAUGUAAGAUGCAGUAUGAAUAUCUCAGGGUUUAUCUCAACCAUAAUCUACUCUGUCCCAAUUGCCAUGAGCCGUUUUUCGCUGUUGAAACUGCACCCCCAACUACUAAUGGUUCUAAAUCGUCUACCACAUGGAACUUUUCCCAGCAGCAACAGAACUCAAAUCACCAAACAGCAAACAAGAACACAAUAAAUACAGGAAGGAACAAUGCAGCACCUUCAAAUGUUGGACAGGGGGGGUUUAAUGGUACUGAUUCAUUUAAUCAGUCAAACUUCCAAUGGGGUCCAUUCUCAAGAGCAACUGGUGCUUCAACUACAGCACAAGCUGCAACUGUGGUCCAGCAGGCAUAUGAGAAAGUGAAGAGAGAGCGUGAGGAAGCACAGGCAGCCACUAAAAGAGAGGAGGCUCUAAAGAGGAAGAAUAAUGUCUCUAGAAAGAUGGGAGGUGUUUCAUCAUCUGGGGUCCCUAAUGCUGUGAAGAAAAGGAAAGGCAUGGAUGAUGCUUGUAUAGGCAAUUAUGGAAGGGUUACUUCGAUGCAAACUGGCAUGGAAACUUCUGGGGCUGGUAUAUCAAGUGUAUCUGGAUCUAGACAGGCUAAUUUUGAAAUGGCUAGGGUUAAUGGGAUUAACAAGUCCAACGGUAUGAGGGACAUCAGCCAGCUAGAAAUUCAGAAUAUGCUGAUGACUAAGGCUCGAGCAGAAAUUCGCAAGAAAUUAAAUGAAUGGAACUCAGGUACUGUAGCCAAACCUGCUAUCAAAGAGAAGAUUAGGAAUGAUAAAAAGAACGAGAAAGAAAGAGAAAACCCUCCAGUAAACAGGGAUACUCAUGGCCAUAACAAGUCUUGUGAGCUAUUGACCAACAAGAAUGGAGUCUGUACAAAGCCUUUUUCCGGCAAUUCUGGUGUCAUUUCAGAUGCAGAAAUGAUUGAAUCAAUGUCUAUAAAUGUCCCAGAUCCAGAUUUUCAUGAUUUUGACAAGGAUCGAACUGAAAAAGCUUUUGAAGAAAACCAGGUAUGGGCUGCAUACGAUGAUGAUGAUGGGAUGCCUCGCUAUUAUGCAUUGAUCCAUAAUGUGAUUUCUUUGAAUCCAUUCAAGAUGAGGAUUAGUUGGCUUAACUCGAAAACCAACAGCGAAUUGGGCCCGCUAAACUGGGUGGGUUCUGGUUUCUCAAAAACUUGUGGGGAUUUCAGAGUAGGCCGAUAUGAAUUUAACAGCUCACUCAAUUCUUUCUCACACAAGGUAAGAUGGUCCAAAGGGGCACGUGGAGCCAUUUGUAUAUAUCCUAGGAAGGGGGAUGUCUGGGCUCUUUAUCGGAAUUGGUCCCCUGACUGGAAUGAAUUGACAGCUAAUGAAGUCAUACACAAGUAUGACAUGGUGGAAGUGCUUGAAGACUACAAUGAAGAGCUUGGUGUGACCGUUACUCCCUUGGUCAAAGUUGCUGGAUUCAAGACGGUCUUUCACCAGCAUUUGGACCCCAGAGAAGUGAAAAGGAUUCCCAGAGAAGAGAUGUUUCGGUUCUCCCAUCAUGUCCCUUCAUAUUUGCUUACUGGCCAAGAAGCUGCAAAUGCUCCAAAAGGUUGCCGGGAGUUGGACACAGCAGCCACUCCAUUGGAACUUCUUCAAAUAAUAACUGAUGUCAAGGAAGAAGAAGUUGUGCAGAACGAGGAAGAGAAUGGGGUUAAUGCUGACAAGACUAAUGAGGAGAAGAUAUUAGGAAAUUCUGAAAAAGAAAAGAAAGAUGUGAUUUCAGUGAGUUCCAAAGAUACUUGUGAAGCAGAAAUUUUGGAUGAUAGACUGGAUACAGCGGAAGCUGAGAAAUUGGAUUGUGCCAAAGCGAAGACAAACAGCUGAGUUUGGUCCGAUGCAGAUAGAAUUUGUUGACUUCUGGGUAGUUCCUCUUAAAGUUGGGACUAUCCAAUUCACUUGAAGAUAUGCAGGAAAUACCUCAAAGGUAAUCUAACCUCUUAUCUGCAACUUGAAGAUAGUGUUGAAGGUGUACUUGGUGGUUCCUGGUAGUUUGAGCAGCUCAGGUAUGAAAGCUCUCUCUGGCAUAUUUGAUGCCUACUGCAGCUUCUAAUUUUCCAGGAUUUGUAAGGUGAGGGUUGCGCUUACCUCCCCUAGAAGCUCAUUUUAUCUCCCGGAGAACAUCCAUUUAUCAGUCGGAGCUUGUUAAUAUGAGUCUGCCCGCGACCUGCCAUUUUUCAAAAUUCCAUGGCACUUUACUAGCUCAUUUUUUCUUUUAUUUUUCACAUCUUUUAAUUUUAUGAAAUUCAUGAGUCUGUAGAGCUGCUCUGUUAGUUGUGAUAAGAAUUCAAAUAAUAGUGUAGAUUAUAAGUUGAUCAGUCUUGUUUGAAUCAUGCUAAGGGAUAUAUCAUACUAUUAGAAUUUAAAUGAUGAUCUAUAGGCUUUCAAAAUUAAUUUUCAUGCUGCAUCAGUGGCAAUGGAAUUUGCACUUUAUGGUUACUUAUAGACUAUAGUCCAUUGUUUAUUUGUAUUUUAUAAAGAUGUUGAUGAAUGACUUCACCCAAGAGGUUUGUUGAGCCUGUCCCUUGUUUUCCCCUUUGAAUUAGAUUACCAGAGCCUUUUUCCAUCAUGCUUAUAUGAAGCCAUGCAUUCAUUUCAUCUGUUUGUAAGCCAUCUCUCUCUCUCUCUCGUUCCUCUAUUGUGAUAAUCUUGACAUUCUGCUUGUGUUUUAUGAUGUUGUAAUACCUUCACCUGAACUAUAAUGUCAUCCAUAUUUUUGCAGUCCCUUAUUUCAUCAAGUGGAACCAUAUAAUAUCUAUUUAUUUUUAAUUACCCAUAGCUAGUGUCACCUCUUACUUCUCAGGUGUGCAGUGUGAUUACCAUCUAAACUCCCUCAUUUCAUGUAAGCAUGCUUAUUGGCAUGCUUCUUAUUUUGUUUUUGUUUUUUUUUUUUUUUUUCUAUUUUGGUUAUUGGCAAAUGGCAAUGGGAUAAUUUUUUAGUAUUAUUGAUGAUAGGCAUACAUGUUUGGUUCACUUUGUGCCCUUCGAUGAAAGAGUAAAAUUUGGGUCCGGUGGUUCAUGACCUGACUCAAAUCACUUCAUCAUGCCAAUUGCCAACUCUGUUUUUAAAUCACAUUUGGUUUGUAGAAUGAAAGAGGAUGAGAAUGGAAUAGAAUGAAAAGUUGAAUGAGCAAUGGGUAGAACUAGUAUUACCAAUUUUGAUGCUAUUUUACUCCAGUUUUACGUACCAAAUGUCUUCAGUCCACAUUUCUUAUGAUCUUCAAAUGAUUAGAAACUAUGAUCACAGUUAAUUCAAAUGGUGUGAUUACUUGAUAUGAUUAUUUGAUAAUUUUGAACAUCCAGUUAUUUUCAGUGCAGGAGACACAUGAAAUUCUUGGUGGUAAAAUAUGUUGGAUUGGACGUUUGAAUGGAGAUCCAGCAACUUGAGUUCUGAGUUGUGUGUCUGACUGCUUUGGCCUUUUGUUUUGGCAGCCGGAACUUGCCCUAUUUUGAGGAUGACUGGUGACUUCUUUGGAUUGUGUAUGGAUUAGGUUAAUUGCAGUACUGCAGAUUCUUAUUGGAACUAACUUUUUUUUUAUCCGAAGGAGAAUUGGAGGCAGAAUGACAGUCAGUCUUGUUAUGGUGGAUUCUUGUUUCCUUUAGAUUGUGUUCCUUAUAUAUGCAGACAUGAAAGAUGAUGGUGGCAGCAAAAUUUAUAGCCAUGAUUAAUUCCUCUGUUUUUUUAGUAUGUGCUUCAAGGGUAACUGAUUCUAAUUGUCAUUUGACUGGGUGAAUUUUGAAGGUGAAUUGUAAUUUGGAUUUGAUUU